AUGGAGAAAAUCACUGCUGCAUUAAAUAAAGAACUUACAAGGAUAAAUGAGAUGAAUAAAUCACCAGAAAUAAAGAAAGAAGAGAUUUCACAACUCACAAAUCGAGUCAAAAGAGUUGAUCUUGUAAAUACAUUCAAAAUUAAAAAUGUCGAUGGUGUUUACCAACCACAUAUUACUUUCAAAGAUGAUUCAAACACUACUUACAAAUACAACUUAGGUUUUCAACGAACAAAGUGUGGUCUUGGUUUGGAUGCUGAUUUGAAAGCUUUAAACAAUGGAAAAGUUGCCGAACUUAAUGCAACACUUAACAGUCUCCUUACACAUUCAUUUACUGCAAAAUAUAUUAUUAAUAAACCAGAGAAACUCGACUUUUCAUCAAAUGUCAUCCCAGCAACAAUCUUUUCAAUCCGAAGACAAAACAGACAAUACCUAUCUGAGAAAUACAAAUUAUUUUCUGUCAAAACUCUUUCUAAUGACCCAAUAAACUCUUAUCGCCUUAGAUUCAUAAGAAUUGCUCAAAAGAAACGAUCAUCACAGACACCAGCCAAUCUAGUAUCAGAUCCAGAGAAAUACAAUGUAUUAUCUUUCACUUAUUUCAAUUAUUUCGAAAAAUUAUUAUUUUCAAAGACUUCAAUUGGUAUUGUUCACUCACCAAACCACAUCCAACCAUUUUUAACGAGUGAGCUUAAGUUUAAUUACAAUUUUGAUGAUACUUACUCGUUAUAUUUCGGUUCAGGAAAGAUUUUCUCUUACCAGACGCUUCCGACCUUGGAAAGGUUCCACUACAUCGCUCCUUUGUUCGCACAGAACGUCGAUAGCGAAAAAUUCGGUAUAAACAACGGAUCUUUCAUUGCGGCAUGCGAUCAUUAUUUUUCAGCCGGAUUCAGCGCCAGAUUCCUUGCCGAUGAGUGGUUAUUACAAUGUGAUACGCAGAUGGUCAUUGGCGGACUUUCGAAACCAAGAUUAACCGAACUCCCUGGUUCUUGCACUGACUGCUUCACUUCUGUGAGAGUAGCACGUACAGUAUUCGGAAAGAAGCUCUGCGCCACAAUUUAUUACCCACUUUACAUAUCUUUCCCCGUCAAAACGUCACAUUUCAGUCUUUCUUUGAUAGAUGACGGAAGUCUUUUUGGACUGCGUAACGAAAAAGGCCUUUUAUCGGUUUUCUUUGAAUUUUGA